AUGCCAUUUUCUGCGAUCUAUCCUGACGUCAAGAUCCCCGAGGUUGACCUGUGGGGAUUGAUGUUUGAAAAAGAGCGAGAGGAAAACUUCCCUUUCGACCAGAUCAUCUAUCGCGAUGCCAUCACAAGUCGCUCAUAUUCUUACUCCGAGUUCCACAAUGCCGCAAUUGCCUUCGGACAAGGGUUGCGGUCAGAAUGGGAAUGGCAAAAAGGCGAGAUCAUGACUCUUUUCGCCCCGAACAGUAUUGAUAUUCCCGUCAUUAUCUAUGGUACUUUUUUCGCUGGUGGCAUUGUGUCCCCUGCCAACCCCAGCUAUUCAGUCGACGAGCUGGCUUUCCAGCUCAGGGAUAAUGGCACGAAAGCCAUCGCGACAUUCAAAUCCCUCCUACCAAUUGUCACUGCGGCGGCCGAGAAAUUGGGUAUUUCGUCUCAGAGAAUUAUACUUCUUGGUGACGAGCGAGAUCCAUCGAGUCAAUUCAAACACUUUGAUCAGAUAGCGAGACCGAAAACAGCACUUCUUGAUGACAGGCCGCGAGAGACGCUGGACCCUGACCGUGACCUAGCAUUUCUCGUCUACUCAUCUGGUACUACUGGCCUACCAAAGGGGGUUAUGUUGAGCCAUCGGAAUAUUGUCGCAAAUAUCUUGAUGGUGGCUUCGUCCGUGGGUAAAAGCUAUAAUUGGAAGAGCGAUAAGCUGAUCGGAAUCCUGCCCUUCUAUCAUAUCUAUGGGCUCACUUGUCUCAUUCAUCAGCCGCUUUACCGCGGUAUCGAGAUGGUCGCGAUGGAACGUUUCGAUCUCGAAACUUUUCUUCGGACAAUACAGAAUGCACAGAUCACCUUUGCCUAUGUCGCACCACCUGUACUAGUCCAUCUCGCAAGCAAUCCGAUCGUCGACAAAUUUGACCUGAGCUCGUUGCGCAUGGUAACAUCCGGAGCUGCGCCACUGACCCGCGAACUAGUGGAUACAGUCCAUAGCCGACUCAAGAUUCGAAUCAACCAGGCUUAUGGGCUUAGCGAGACAAGCCCCAUUACGCAUACGCAGCCUUGGGAUGAAUGGUAUAGCAGCGUCGGUAGUGUCGGCAAACUGAUGCCGAAUCUUACGGCAAAGUAUCUAUCGCCGGAGGGUGCAGAAAUGCCAUCUGGGGAAAAUGGGGAGCUCUGUCUCAAGGGACCUAGUAUCUUCAAGGGCUACUGGAAGAAUAAAGAGGGUACCGCUAUUUCCUUCACAGUUGAUGGAUACUACAAGACUGGAGAUGUUGGAUAUCACGAUAAUCAAGAAAACUUCUACAUUACUGAUCGAGUGAAAGAAUUGAUUAAGUAUAAAGGAUUCCAGGUUGCUCCAGCAGAGCUUGAGGGACUAUUGAUUUCACAUCCAAGCGUCACCGAUGUUGCUGUCAUUGGGGUUGACCAGGAACAUACAGAGGUCCCUCGCGCUUAUAUCGUUGUACAAAACGGCAUCGAAAGAACGCCAACUACAGCCAAUGCAAUAAGGACAUGGAUGGACGCGAAAAUGAGCUCACACAAGAGGCUGAGGGGUGGUAUUAGAUUCGUGGAUGAGAUUCCAAAGAGUGCCGCGGGUAAGAUUCUACGAAGGAACCUCAAAGACGCUGCGAAACAAGAACGGAUGUCUAGCAGAGCCAAGCUGUGA